UUACCGACGGAUAAGUUAACAGGUGCGCAUCUUGAUUGCCACGGCGACCAAUUACCGACAGCUUUUCGCAUUUUGGACCCAUUCACACCUCAACGUCUCAGGGACUCUAGCGCCUACUCGCCUCUCAUUGGUGGAUAUUGCAUUUUUCCCACUGCCCUCAUUGCAGAGUGUGUGCAUAGUCCAAUUUCUCUUCCCAUCCAGACUUUCUCUCUCGCCUGCUCGAGCGCCCAUAAAUGCUCUGGCCUUCUUCCACCUUUUGCGUCCAUACCUUCUAUUCACUUUGUGUACCCUACUGCCUCUUUUCAGAACCAGUCUGAGCCAUUUCCUCGCUUGUCCUACAGCCAACUGGCAAGCGCUGCCCCGAGGUCAGCGACUUGUAGAGAGAGAGUUAAUUUGGAGACAAAGUGUACCCACGACCGUGUACACCAACAUUGGUUGAACGGCCCUAUCCGGCCUGUCCGUGUAUCCGUCCCAUUCGACUCGUCUGCCCGCGCCAGACUGCGAAAAAGAUGUCAUGUAGCUGCAAAAAUGACGACUCAAGUGGUCCCGGUUACGCGGUUACGCGAAUAUUUGUACACUCUGGCCGGACGUUGA